AUGAAAACCAUUAAUAACACUGAAGGUGUUCGUGGCCUAUUCAGAGGUCAUUCAGCUACUUUACUUCGAAUAUUUCCCUACGCUGCUAUUAAAUUCAUAGCAUACGAACAGAUCCGUGCUGUCGUAAUACCCUCCAAAAAACACGAAACCCCCUUCCGCCGGCUGAUUAGCGGUAGUUUAGCCGGCAUCACAUCCGUAUUUUUCACAUAUCCGUUAGAACUUAUUAGAGUGCGACUGGCAUUCGAAACAAAGCAAGGAUCCAAGUCGUCAUUGCGAAAUAUUUUCAGCCAAAUUUAUAAUGAAGGAAGCAUCGUUGCUAGUUCCACGGAUGGAGCUGCUUCUGCAUCUACUGCGGCUGCUGUUGUGGAGAAGGUCAAGCCUCGAUAUGGACUUGUGAACUUUUACCGCGGAUUCUCUCCCACAAUGCUCGGGAUGUUGCCGUACGCAGGCAUGUCUUUCCUUACACACGACACUGUUGGUGAUUGGCUUCGUCAUCCCAGUAUAGAGAAAUACACCACCAUCCCACACUCCGGCAAACAUACGCCGCAAGGCCAGGAACAAACGCGGUCUCAUAGACCACAGUUAACAGCCACCGCUGAACUGUUCUCUGGCGCUGUUGCAGGACUCAUAUCCCAAACAUCCUCAUAUCCAUUGGAGGUUAUCCGACGACGAAUGCAAGUUGGAGGUGCAGUUGGUGACGGACAUGUUCUUGGUAUACGAGAGACGGCUCAGAAGAUAUUCCUUGAACGUGGAUUCAAAGGUUUCUUUGUUGGUUUGACAAUCGGCUACAUGAAAGUCAUACCAAUGGUGGCUACGAGUUUCUUCGUCUAUGAGAGAGGAAAAUGGUGGCUUGGUAUAUAG